UCAGAUUAUGCUGUUGAGUGAAAUGAUUUCCAAUAUUUGAAGUAGUUAUGUGCACGUGUGUUUGACUAUACUAGUAAUCAGGCAUGAAAGCUCAGGCGCUUCUUCUCCUGCCCACCUGUAUCCGUUUCCCUUCCAUUUGUUCAACAAGAUUGAACUUGAUGUUGGACCUUGAAGGCCUAAAUAAUAAUGGGUUAGGAGAUUAAUUUACCUAAUAGUUGUUGAGUAUUUUUAAUGAGAUCAGCUCUUCAGUACGUCUCGCUGUCUGCCCGGGAGCUACACAGAUGUUGCACAGUGAGAACACAGCUUAGCAUAGAGACUGGCAUAGAGAAAUCCCAUCAUCCGUGCAAUCUUCUUGAUGCAAACGAACACCAAAGGAAGGGUUACCCUUGACCUUUGAGGACUUAAUAUAGAAAUUUAAAAUGUUCUUCAGGGAAGAACAGAGCUUGGCCUACAUUUGUAUAAUCAUUGGCUUCCUGACAGUCAGGCUGUCUGCCAAUCGUAAUUGUCCUACCCAGAGUCUAGAAGAUGUUGUCAUCGACAUCCAGUCAUCUCUUACUAAGGGAAUACGAGGCAAUGAGCCCAUACAUACAGUAACUCAAGAAGACUGCAUUAAUUCUUGCUGUUCAACAAAAAACAUAUCAGGGGACAAAGCAUGUAACUUGAUGAUCUUUGACACUAGAAAAACAGCGAGACAACCCAACUGCUACCUGUUUUUCUGCCCCAGUGAGGAAGCCUGUCCACUGAAACCUGCAAAGGGUCUUCUGACUUACAGGAUACUGAGAGAUGUUCCAUCAUGGGGCCAACCUGAUUUGCUGAGCCAGAUAGUCACUCCCACACCCCCUCAUCCAACAGGUGAUGCAAAGCCCACUGGCAUCCUAUGGAGAGAUUCAUUUUCUCAGAAGUUCGGAGCCUCACAGCACUUGGAGAAACUACUCAGGAUUGAUCCAGGGAGUAUAUCGUCCCCUGUUUAUCAAGAUGGAGGGCAUUCUCGGAGUUCCCAGUCUUCCUCCGGACAAAGAAUAGGCCAUCCGCUGCCUGAAAAUGUGACCACGUUCCCCACCACAGUAGCUGCUGCUGCUCCACACACCAUCUCCCCCUCCCCAGAGCCCCGGUCUCUCUCCCCCACCAGUGCCCCAGCCGCACCGACUGUGUCUUCUCCACCACAGGCGGCCACCACAGCACCGCCUGCAGCCACAGUCACCUCUCAGCCUCCCACCGUCAUCUCUACAACUUUGACCCGAGCCGUGGUUACACCUCAAGCCAACAUGACUACCACAGCCAUCCCAACCACCACCUUUCAGGCACCUACAGAAUGGAAAGGCCCACCGGAAACGUUGCCCUUCAGAGAAAUUUCCAACCUAACGGUGAAACCAGAGAAGGUCCAUCACCCUGCGACGGGUCUUCUGCCAAAUGUGGGAUCUUCCGCUACGGAUGAGACUGCUCCCCAGGAAACCGGGAAGACCAGCUCAGGCGGCUCCUCCCAGCGUGGUGUUCCAGAAAGUCCCCCUGGCCUUCCAAACGAAAAGUGGCUCCUCAUUGGGACCCUGCUCUUUGGUGUUCUGUUCCUCACAAUAGGCCUCGUCCUCUUGGGCAGAAUGCUCUUGGAAUCCCUGCGUAGGAAACGCUACUCGAGGCUGGAUUAUUUGAUCAAUGGGAUCUACGUUGACAUCUAAGGACAAAGCUGCAUAUCUCUUAAUUCAUGGGGGUCCUUGCAGCCCACACGCAAAAAUCCCAAGAUUUUUGAAGGUAUUUUAAAUACGGUCAAGAGCAUAUUUGACCCCUCCCCCCCACACACACACUUUCCUUUUUCUUUUUUUAUUAAGGGGGGAAAGAAAACAAAUAAGGUAAUUUGUGUGAUCUGUCUCUAAAAUGUUAGCUGAAAACAAAGCUUUACCUACAGUAAUAAUGUAUAAUUGCCAUAUAAAUUUGAAAAAUUGACUGUUUUUUGGGGGGGUUGGGGAAAUAAUGGUUAGGACUUCUAGGCUCCAAUUUGUUAAUAUUUCUAGUUCCAGAUAAAGUCAACUACUUAUGAUCUUAAUUCUAAUGGGUUUACUUUCCUUUUGUAUGUAUACCAAUGAAACUUAUUCUAGAUGUAUUUCCUUCCAAUUAAAUAUUUGAAUAAAUCCUUUGUUACUCAG